AAUUGUGGCAUCCCAUUGCUGCCAGGAGCCAAGCAACCAUGGAACCUGUCAACAAAUCCAGGGAAAUGGGACGUGGGAAACGCAAAACCCGGAAACUUCCCUGCACUGAUUUACCGGACAGACAUGCGCCCCCUGCUGUUGAUGUGGAGAAGCUGGACGUCAGUGUGAACUCACAGGGUCUGUCAGCUCUGCACCUGUCCAGUCUUUAUGGUCAGCUGGAUGCUCUUCAGAGGCUGGCCGUGUCGUCGCUGCAGGGGCAGAUCAACGGCAGCGAUCCUCAGGGUCGUCGGCCCAUUCACAUGGUCAUGUCCUGGAGAAGCGCGCCCAACACGUCCGCCUGUCUGCGCUGCCUGCUCGAGCAUGGAGCUGAUGUCAACAUUGCCACAGACGGUGGGCAGACGCCGCUGCACGUGGCUGCCUCUGAAGGCCUUCUGGACUGCACACAGACCCUUGUGCAGGCCGGUGCUGAUGUGACGUCUCAGGACAGCAUGGGACACACCCCUCUGGAUUUGGCCCGCAUCUGGUGCCACAGAGAGAUCGCACGGUAUCUAAAGAGCUGCAUGUGGGAGGUGGAAAAGAAGAAAGAAAUGAAGGAGAGGAAGCUGGCUCACGCUUUAUACAGAGAACUCAUCAUCACUGCUAAAGUGAAUGAUGGCAAUAAAGGGACACUCAUAGAUGAGAAGAUGGCAGAAUGGGCCAAAAAGAAGGGUUUUCCUCACCUAAAGGACUAUUCCCCCAAAGUCUCAGUGAGUCAGUACCACAUGCAGUGCCUCUCAUCUAAUCAGGACGGCUCUGAUCGAAAAGCUACCAAGGGCCUGAGGAAGAACCAGCGAAAAGUGCAACAGGAGAUCACUUUCUCAAAGUCGCCCGCAGCCACAGAGCCUGAAAUCGUCGACCGCCAACAAAGGACGGCCUUCUCAGAACUGGACCUCUGGGGCAGUGUGACAGUGUGGAGGGACAGCAGCAGCAGCCUGCCUCACUACACCACCAAGUGGGACACGGUCCCUCACACUGCCCCUGACCUGCCUUUGGAUGUCCUUAAGAAGGUGUUGUUCCCCAGAGCGUUCCCCUCCAGGAUCUUCUCGCCUCAGCACUUCCAGCCACAGAACAUCGAGGAGGUCCAACACAAAGGAAGCCCCAAGGGGCGGAGCUCCUCCCCCUGGACAGAGGUGGCCAUGCACAUGGCUGAAGUGCUGGAGCCUGGACACUACUAAGUGACAGACGUCCGUUACAUCCAAAUCAUUGUCAAAUCGGUUCACACAAUGCUAGUUAUGCCUGUAAGCUCCACUCCAACUCUUUCUGUUAAUCGAAAUGUGUGAAUGCCAAAAUUCGAAAUGCCACAAACCCGAGAAAGCAGCGUGAGUCAAGGGUUGAGAGGAAGAUGAGAACUGGGUCACCUGUCACACGUUCCACUGCAUGUUCACUGAUCCCCCAGAGAACCGAGUCAGGAUCCAGGUGUCGCACGGUUCAGUCAAACUUUCCUGGUGGUCAAAAACACAGGCGUAGACGGAGAAAAUACUUUUUAAUUUGAACCGACGUCCCAAUAUUUACAAAAAAACUGCAAAUUUGCAAAGACCAACAGUUAAAGCAGAUGUUACGCUCUCUAAAUCAGAGCCAAGACCUCAUGAAACAGAGAUUCCCAAAGACUGGGUUGGGACCCACAUGAGAUUUUUUUUGUUUUUUAAACUUUUAGUUAAAAUUUAUAACAUGCAUUAAAAUGAAGCUUUACUAUGAUUGGUUUACCUUUUUCAAAAUGAUAUAAGGUGUUACAGAUAUAGCAUUAAGUUCUUUUCUAUAUUUGGCACAAAUUUGCGCUCUUCCUAAUGCAUGUUGUGAUUUGGGUCAAUAUUGUUUGACAUUUUUAAAAAGUGGUUCCCCAAAUAGAAAGACUGGGAACACUAGCCUGAAGGAUCAAAAGAUGCAUCCUUUUAAACUCUUGGCUUCUCCCAACAGCCAUAUUCACCCCCUCCCAACAAUAUAUAAACACAUUUUACACAGAAAUAAACAUUUUAACCACCAUUCUGCCAACAAAUCAGGUUAAAAACCUCCAAAUACAUAAUAACAAAGAACGUGUGCUCAUGGGACGAUGUCACGCUGCCAGGACACUUGCCUCAGACUGUUUUGCCCACUGUGACCACGACACAUGGGACUUGGUUGACACGAGGCCAUCCAGUUAAGACAGUCUGGUGCUCACACACAUCAUGUUGAGGGACAGAUGAAAUAAACAUAGUGCACAGUUUUGCUGAAUGAACCUGAUGUGAUUAGAAACGUCAGUUUAUGCCUCUUAAACACCAAACUGGGAACAAAAAUCACAAUUACAGCAUCAUCUUAUUUCAACUAAACAUUUUUUAUUUUAUUAACAACUGCGUGUGUAUAUACCAACCUACAAUGAUUCUCACUCUGAAAUUGUUAGAAAGAACUUUUGCCUCUUUAAGACUUUCAUCACAGCCAUGUUUCACAGCUUUUGUCCCCAACACCCGGGAAGUUUCAGGUUUGAUCUUCAGACGUGUAUUCAUCCAUCUUUGAUGAUGAAUGUACAAAAAGAAAAAAAAUAAUCAGUUUGUCACAUUUGUUGACUUGUUAAAAAAUAGUCCACAAAAAGAGAGUAAGGUUGCAGGUAACCGCUCUGGUCUGUGCAUUAUAUCCAUGGCCAUGAUCCACUGGUGCACCAAAAUUAAGGGUUAAAAGUAAGAUCCCCCCACAACAUAACCAGACUCUGCCAUUUGAAGUAACCUUAGGUACUUCAGCAAUAAACUGUUGAAUUUUCCUGCACGUGGAUCAAUAAUAUUAUACCUCAAGGCACAGACUUAAGCGCUAAGUCAGUAAUGUACCAUAAACUUGUCUUAGUGGCAGUUCACAUGCAGCUUCUGAAAAUGUUUGAAAACUACAUAGAAGAAGUGAGAACCAAGUCACUAGUGGGGUUCUGUAAUUACAAAGCAAAACCUAAACCUGGGAGCUGCUGAGGUGACUGAAGUUGCUUCACUGAAUGCAUCCAACUAAGAAAAGAAAACAAAAAAAAAUUGA